ACUACAGACUUAGGUACCUACUUAUAAUUCUAUGUUUAUUACUUUAUUAUUUGUGAGUAAUUAAAAGUGCACAGUGCAAGUGCAAGUGAGUAGUGGUAGUGCAAAAUAUUUUCGUAACAACAAAUAUUACUGUUUUUAAAUAUCAAAAUGAGAUCCACAAGAUCCAAAAAAAUUUUGGAUAUGGCAAAACCAGUGGGUUCCACGAAUCAAGAUAAUAUGAAGACAAAUGACAAGAAUAAGAAUUGGAACAACAGCAUACAAAUCAAUAACGAUGUUGAUUCGACAGUAAAAUUCAAAGUGAGAAAAUUUUUCGAAUCUCAAGAUAUGGAGACAGAAAAUAGUCAAUAUACAGAUUCUUCGUUGAAAACCUACGCCAAUUUAACAUCCGUUCCGGUACCUGGAAAUAUCACAUCUGACGUAUCAGUUGAAGAAGAUUCUGGUUCAUCUUAUAGGCCUAAAAAUAAUUAUAAAUCAAGUGAAUCCCAAUCUUCUGAUAAAACGUAUAAUUAUAUACUACCAGAGUCACCAGCUGAACUUAAAUCGGAUCAAUCAAUUGUCAACGAUGAAUCUUUAUCCGAACAUGAACAACCAUGUAGUCAAAUUGAAGCUACAAUGUCUUCACAGAAAGGUGAAAAGAAAGUAAUUAAGAAGAAAAACUAUAAUAUCUUAGCAACUGUAGAAGUUUCAAAAAAAUCUGGACUUCCUGGUAAACGGUUGUGGGACAAAAAAGAUUUGUGUAUUUUCUGUGAGGAGCAAGUGACAAACUUAACACGUCAUAUGCAAAGAAAACAUAGAGAGGAAAUCGAAGUAGCACAAUUUUUAUCUCUUAAAAAAGGAUCAAAUGAAAGAAAAAAGUUGAUCGACCAAUUGCGCAAACGUGGUAAUUUUUUCAAUAAUAUCAGUGAUAUGCCAAAGAUGAAACCCGUUCGUAGACCAAAUCAAUUUGCUGAACAGCCCCAAGCUACUGAUUAUUUACCAUGCCCGUUUUGUUACGGUCUAUACAAGAAGAAAUAUUUGCGUCGACAUACCACAGUUUGUUCUUUAAAAAAAAACAGCGCAGAAGGAACUCAACGUCGUAAAGUUCAAGCUGAAGCACAAUCGCUUCUUGUAGCAUUCGAAAGCGAAGACACAAAAUUAGUCGAGCAAGUUUUCCCAAGAAUGGCACCAGAUAACAUUUCGUUAAUUGUUAAAAAUGAUCCAUUGAUACGAGCAUUCGGAACACGAUACCUAAAGUGCCAUAAAGAAAAACACUUAAUUACAGUAGUUUCAAAUAAGAUGCGAGAACUUGGACGAUUUUUGAUAGCAAUGCGGCAAAAUUGUGAAAAAUCACUAACGUUACAAGAUUGUCUAACACCAAAUUUGUUCGACAAUAUAAUUAAGAGUACGAAGCAGAUAGCGGGGUACGAUUCAAAGACUGAUUUAUUUGGAGCUCCGUCGUUGGUUUUAAAAAUAGGUACUUCACUUAAACAAUGUUGCGAUAUCGCUGAGUAUAUGAUUUUAAAAAAAUCACCCUUGUUACGCCCCGUGGAAAACACAGAUAUUUCCAAUAUUAAAACAGUGGAAAAUUUAAUUCAAAAACAGUGGUCGUAUGAACUCGCAACAAAUGCUUCAAAAGAGUUAUACCAAAAAAAAUGGAAUAAACCCGCAUUAUUACCUCUUACAUCAGAUAUUAAAAUUUUUCGGGAUCAUUUGGUAUUAGAACAAAAAAAUUCUAUAAAAAAAUUAAAAAUAAAUCCUAUUGAUAUUGCGGCAUUUAAAUCUCUACAAGAAACAAUACUUACACAAUUAAUACUAUUAAAUCGUAAAAGAGCUGGCGAAGUUAAACGUAUAUUUUUGACAACCUAUUUAAAUUCUCCCAUUGAAGCUCCACAAGAAGAAAUCGCCUCAUCUUUAUCAAAGAUGGAAAAUGAACUGAAGAAAAAAUUUAAACGUAUCGUUAUACGGGGAAAAAGAGGAAGGGGAGUACCCAUAUUAUUCACACCCAAACUACAGAAGGCAUUAUCAGUGUUGAUUUCAAUUCGAAAGACGGUGUGUAAUAAAAAUAACGAGUACCUUUUUGCCAUUCCUAACACUGAUAAUAGUUGUUUACGAGCCUCAGAAACCGUUCGAAAGUUGGCACUUGCUAGUGGUGCAAAAAAUCCAUCGGCGAUAACUUCGACAAAACUCAGAAAGCAAGUCGCCACAGUUGCUCAGCUACUCAAUUUCACGGAAGGAGACGUAGAACAAUUGGCGAAUUUCAUGGGGCAUUCCAAAGACGUACAUAAGACAUUUUAUCGGCUGCCAGAAAAUGUUUUUCAAGUGGCGAAAGUGAGUAAGUUUCUUCUCAUGAUGGAGAAAGGAGAUGCGGAACAUUAUAGAGGAAAAAAUCUAGAUGACAUUAACGUCGACGGAUUAGUGUCUGAUGAAAGCGAGGGCGAAUAUAGUGAUAUAAGCUGCUCAGAUGAACCAGAUAUACAACAACUUCCUGGGACUAAAGAAAGCUCAGAUGAACCAGAUAUCCAACAACUUCCUGGGACUAAAGAAAUACAAAUUCAAGAAAACAUUUAUAACUUUACCGAAACAGCACCAGAACAUGAACAAUCUACAGUUAAAAAAUUUAAAUUAACUAAAUUUAAAAAAACAAAAGAUAUUACAGCAAUGGAAAAACCUGUUGUCCUCCAAAAACGCCUCCCCAAAGUCGGAAAAAAAUCAAAAUUUAUACGCAUGACGUGGACUGAGGAACAAAAAGCCACUACAAAGAAGUACUUUCAAAAACACAUUUUAUUGAAAAAACCGCCUAAAAAAGAAGAGUGUGAUGAUUUCCUCGUUAAAAACCAAAUGCUUAUGUCAGGUUUUCCGUGGCGGAAAGUGAAAACAUUUGUAUAUAACCUUUACAAAGAUUUGUAAUAUUUAUGUAUUUAUAA